AUGUCUUCCGGAUUCGUGUCAUCUGGCACAAAUGAGCAGCCAGUCGAGCGGGAUGAUGUCUGGCUGCGCGCCGAACAGGAGCUGGAGGAAGAGCGUCGGCGCAAGGCGGAGAUCGGCAAGCAGAAUGACGGCAAGAGCCUGUUCGAGGUGCUGGAGCAGAACAAAAUGGCCAAGCAAGAAGCCUUUGAAGAGAAAACCAAACUGAAGAACCAAUUCCGCUCCCUCGACGAAGACGAAGUCGACUUCCUUGAUUCCGUCCUCGAGUCCACUCGGGCCCAGGAGGCCGCCGUCAAAAAGGAUACCGCCGACCAGCUGGAGGUUUUUCGCAAGCAACGCGAGGAGGCUGAGAAGGCGCUUCUAGGUCCUACAACUUCAGAUGUCACUCCUGCGGAGGAGGAGGAAUGGGCAAUCCCGGCGCGUAAGAGGCGUCGGGAUAAGAAGGACUUGCUUCUACCCGGGAAGAAAAGGAAGGCUUCGUUGGAAGGAGGAAAGGAUACAGCUGGUUCUCCAGACGUAAAAAAAACAAAUCAAACUGGUCAAAAGGAUGGGGAGAGUGCUACCAGCGCGGUGCCGAAGGCAUUACCUAUACAACGGCCUGACGGCGUCAACGUGGCUUCUAAUGCCAAAAGGUCAUCAGCCGCGCAAGGGACAUCAGAUGCGACCAGCAAGGGCCAAUCACAAACGAAUCAGCCGAAGAAAGAAGGGCCGGCGCCCGCUCCAGCUCCGGCGGGGCUCGGUUUAGUCGGUUACGGCUCAGAUUCGGAUUCGGAAUAA